AUGGCCUCAGCUUGUGUAAACAACAUAGGCAUGUCCCCUGAAAAUUUCCCACCCAAAACUUACCAGUCUUAUGGCUGGUUAAGCCCAAGAAUCUCUUUCAGCCGUGAAGAGGAUAGCAAUAGCACAACCACCUCCAAAACUACCACCACCAAAUCAUCAUCAGCGGCAGCUUCCUCAGCUCCUCCUCUUCCACAGCCACUAGAUCCACCGGAGACCCAUGAUUCUGUAGACUUUGAGUUCCGAUUAGAUAACUCUAUCACCAUGCUUCCUGCAGAUGAGCUGUUUUCUGAUGGGAAACUAAUGCCGUUACAAGUCAAUACUGGCAACACAAAACCAUCCUUUUCAUCUUCUGCUUCUACCUCGGUCAGCUCGUUGACCGAUGUGAUAAGGUCGCCGGAGCCGUGGAGGGAGCCGGUGAAGUCUUGCCGGAGAUUGGAGAUGGAAAUUUCUGGGACUGAUCCUUACUUGUUUUCCCCAAAAGCUCCUAGAUGUUCGAGCCGGUGGAAGGAGCUUCUGGGGUUGAAGAAACUACACCAAAACCCUAAACCCGAAAAAUCAACGACGAGUACAGCGUUGUUUUCUUCUUCGUCGUCCUCAAAUUCCAAGUCCUUGAAACAUUUCUUGCACAGGAACUCAAAAACCUGCAAUUGCAACACCUCAUCCUCGAGCUCCUCCUCCUUAUCGUAUACUUUACUAGAUCAUUCAUUGAGUCUCCCAUUGCUAAGAGAUUCGGAUUGCGAAUCGCUCUCCAUUUCUUCACGCUUAUCACUCUCCUCUUCGUCUUCCUCUCAUGAACAUGAAGAUCUCCCAAGAUUAUCCCUCGAUUCGGAUAAACCAAACACCAACCUCAACACAACACAAAACACAGGUCCGAACCCAUUCAUUCUCAACCGAAACCAAAUCCAAAACCCACCAAGAAUGAGAAUGGUGAAGCCAAGAUCAGAGAAUGGAAACAACAACAAUGGCAGUUCUUCAACUAGAGUAGGAAGGAGUCCAAUGCGGAGGUCUGCGGGGGAAUCUAGUGAGGUUUCAAUAAGUAGAGGCGUUUCAGUAGAUAGCCCAAGAAUGAAUUCAUCAGGGAAAAUAGUAUUUCAAAGCCUGGAAAGAAGUUCAAGCAGUCCAAGUAGUUUUAAUGGAGGACCAAGAUAUAAACAUAGAGGAAUGGAAAGAUCUUAUUCAGCUAACGUUAGAGUUACUCCAGUUCUUAAUGUUCCUGUUUGUUCACUUAGAGGGAGUUCAAAGUCAGGUUCUGUUUUUGGGUUUGGUCAGUUGUUUUCUUCUUCACCACAAAAAAGAGAUGGCAUUAACAAAGGGUAUCAGCAUCAGCAUCAGCAUCAACAGCAGCAGCAGAAUAUUAGUAGCAGCAACAGCAGCAGGAACAGGUCUGAUAGAGCUUAA